GGAGGGGGAGAUAGAAAGUAGAGAGACACCGGUAGGACGUUAAAAGCCAUACAACCGUUGGACGGGCCAGUAGCUACAAGAAAUAGAAAAUAGUUAGUAAGAGCAGCCCCCAUUAACGGUUAGAACAAUAACGACAAGGCUGAAAGAGGCCGUUACGAGUGAGCAAUCAACUUUAAGCAGCUAUAAUAAGCUAGCCAAAUUUAAGAAGCUGCUUUACCCGUUAUCACUUUAUUAAUAUAGCAGGACUCAAGAGUAGUGAAAGUGAUAACCGGCCAGCUCCGUCAACUCUGGAUUUUUAAAGGUGGGGACCAAGUGCCAAAAGCGGUGGCGUUCGGGCUCACCUGCCACCAGGACUUCUCCUCCGUCACUUCCACACCCGAAGACCGGGAACACCGGGGUUUUUUGUUUUGUUUUUUGUAAAAACACAAGUCGAGCCUAUAGUAUCGGUACACCGAGAAAAGAGGAGGAGGACACACACACACACACGGAGAGAGAGCACGGCAGGCACAAAGAGCGGAGAGCAUCCAGAGAGGGGAGGAAGGCGGACCGGACGGAGACAGAGCGCGGUGAGGACAACAACCCGACAGAGCGCAUCCCUCUUUAAUUUUUGAUCUGCAUAGGAAACACUGCACGAGUGGAAAGUACAAACGGGGGUCCCGAACGCCGUUUAUCCACGGAAAGACUCCUCCAGCAUCAGUUGCUCCUCUCCAGGGAUAGCUGCUCCCGAUCUGUUUGCCCCUGAGCCCUGCAGUACCCAGUCGUCCUCUCCACUUUGUCCCGAUGAAGGAGGCUGAUGCCAUCAAGUUGUUUGUGGGGCAGAUUCCCCGUAAUCUGGAGGAGAAGGACCUCAAGCCUAUCUUUGAGCAGUUUGGCAAGAUCUAUGAGCUAACUGUGAUUAAGGACAAAUACACUGGCAUGCACAAAGGAUGUGCGUUUCUGACGUACUGUGCGAGAGAGUCUGCGCUGAAAGCCCAGAGCGCCCUUCAUGAGCAGAAAACACUACCGGGGAUGAAUCGGCCAAUCCAGGUGAAACCUGCUGACAGCGAGGGCAGAGGCGAGGACAGAAAGUUGUUUGUGGGCAUGCUGGGAAAGCAGCAAAGCGAUGAGGACGUCAGAAGGCUGUUUGAGCCCUUUGGCAGCAUAGACGAGUGUACAGUGUUGAGAGGGCCUGAUGGCACCAGUAAAGGGUGCGCUUUUGUGAAAUUCCAAGGACACGCUGAAGCCCAAGCUGCCAUCAACAGCUUGCAUGGGAGCCGUACAAUGCCUGGGGCGUCGUCCAGUCUGGUGGUGAAGUUUGCGGACACAGAGAAGGAGCGGGGGCUGCGGAGGAUGCAGCAGGUGGCCUCCCAACUCGGCAUCUUCAGCCCCAUGACCCUCAACUUCCCCGCCUACAAUGCCUACACGCAGGCGGUCAAUGCACAGCUUGUCCAACAGCAAGCCCUGGUUGCCCAGUCAGCGUACUUGUCUCCUGUGGCAACAGUUGCCGCCGUACAGAUGCAGCAGAUGGCAGCACUCAAUGCCAAUGGAAUCAUUGCCACACCCAUUACACCCAUCACACCGUCCUCGGGUACAAACACCCCACCAACUAUCGCGGCAACACCUGUUCCAGCGCUUCCUCCAAUAGGAGUGAAUGGUUACAGCAGUGUGCCAGCUCCCUCCAAUGGACAACAAACAGAAACACUAUACACCAAUGGUGUUCACCCAUAUCAAGCUCAGAGUCCAGCAGCAGCCUUGGAUCCACUACAGCAGGCCUACGCAGGCAUGCAGCACUACACAGCGGCAUACCCUGCUGCAUACGGAUUGGUCGGGCAGCCGUUCCCCCAGCAGCCAACACUUGUUGCCCAGCAACACCAGCAGCCCCAGCAACAGCAGCAGAGAGAAGGACCAGAGGGGUGUAACAUCUUCAUCUACCACCUGCCUCAAGAGUUCAGUGACUCUGAGAUGCUGCAGAUGUUCCUGCCUUUUGGCAAUGUCAUCUCAGCUAAGGUGUUUGUGGACCGUGCCACCAACCAGAGCAAAUGCUUCGGAUUUGUGAGUUUUGACAACCCAGCCAGUGCUCAGGCUGCCAUCCAGGCCAUGAAUGGUUUCCAGAUUGGCAUGAAGAGACUGAAAGUGCAGCUCAAAAGGCCGAAAGAUGCCAACCGCCCAUACUGAGUGAUUACUGAGAGGAGGAAGAACAAGUAAAGAGAGGUGACCUUUCAGAGUCCAGCCGAGGAGGAAUCCCAGGGUUCAUUGUGCUUUCAGACUGUCUGCUGCCUGUGAGCGUACGCGGAGUGCAGCCACACUCACACAAACACACAAACAUACAUCAACACCGAAUCUCGAACGAUUCAUGGCUGAUAUGUACAUAAAAUGCACAAACACACCACACACACACACACCUGCUGACACUUACACAAAUACACACACAAGUCAGUAAUCUCACCCAUACAGCCGAGACCUUGGUUUGGCCACAGACUGUGUGGAACAGGGUGUUAAGUUCAGCUAAUACAACUCAGACCAAGUGUGAACGGAGGGUGAAACCAACCUGCUGAUAUAUCACUCUAAUAGACUUUAACUUGUCUAUACCAUGUCUAAUACAUGACAAAUAUAGAGGGACCGAUGUUUCAUAAUAAAAAUACAAAAAAAUU